AUGGGUAUGAAUCGCGUCUUUAAAAAAGAUCCAACGCAUGGGCUUUUUCGCAUCCCGACGAAAGAGGAGCGCAUCAAGCUCCGCGCAGGAGCGCCUUUGAACCCUCUUAAAGUCUUGUGCAUUCCUGGUCUGAUGGAAUGGCUGUGGUUUUUGGGCGGGCUUUUUGCAUGGAUCAUGGAUGCAUACGAUUUUUUCUCUGUGUCCAUGAGUGUCACAAAGCUGGUGACUACCUUCUUUCCCACUAUUCGGGACGGCACACCCGAAUACGAUGAUAAAGUGAAACAGGUCAAUUACUCUAUUAUGCUAACCCUCCUCUUCCGCCCUUUGGGUGCCGUGAUUUUCGGUAUUUUGGCAGACCGACUGGGACGCCGCUGGAUCCUUUCUGUAAAUUUGCUUAUUGUUGCGGCACUGUCGAUCGGCACUGCCUAUUGUGAACAGUACGGCUCAUUCUUGGGCGUACGCUGUAUUUUCGGAAUCGGCAUGGGCGGUAUCUGGGGAAUGGCAACGGCGACAGCGCUGGAAAAUAUGAAACCUGCUGCGCGAGGCCUUUUUUCCGGCAUACUCCAGCAAGGCUAUGCGAUGGGCUACUUGAUUGCCGCCGGUGUGAAUUUGGGUUGGGCCAACAAAACCAUGUAUCAGGGCGAAGAAGGCAACUGGCGCGUGCUCUUUUAUCUCGGUGCUGGCCUGUCGUUGGCCGCUGCAAUUGUACGCGCACUGCUUCCAGAAAGCCCCAUAUUCAUUGAGCAGCAGCGUCUUCGAAAGUUGCAGCCGGUCGCAAAGAACCCCGCGCUUCACUUUUUAAAGGAAUUGGGUCAAAUGCUCAAGAAGGAGUGGAUGAUGUGCAUUUACGCCGUUUUGCUCAUGACCGGCUUCAACUUUUUCAGUCAUUCCUCGCAGGAUUUGUACCCUACCAUGUUACAGAAAGCUAAGCUUUUGACUGCCGACCAAUCGUCGACGGCGACCAUCAUUUCAAACUGUGGUGCCAUUACAGGGGGGCUCAUUGCCGGCUACGUAUCCCAGUACACGGGCCGUCGAAUUGCUAUGAUCAUCUUUAUUAUUAUUGGCGGUGCAAUGGUCCCAGCUUGGAUUCUGCCCGACUCUUUUGGGGGUCUCGCUGCAGGCGGAUUCUUUGUUCAAGUCGGCGUCCAAGGCGCUUGGGGUGUCAUUCCCGUGUACUUGACCGAAAUUUCCCCGGCGGCAUUCCGUGCGACGUUCCCGGGAGUCGCAUACCAACUGGGCAACAUGGCCAGCUCUGCCUCGUCUACCAUUGAAACGACGGGCGGCAACAACAUCCGCAUUCCCGAUCCAAAACACCCCGGCGAGACGAUUGCGGAUACUGCCACAGUAAGUGCCAUCCUGCUUGGAUGUGUAGCAGGAUACCUGCUGAUUCUCGUCGUGUUUGGUGUCGAAAGUGACCGAGAGAUCAAGGUGUGUGAUGAUGAUCCCCACGCCAAGAGUGCGAAUGAAGUGCUACUUCGUCGUGAGAUGAAUGACAUUGAAGCUGCGGCCAAUGGCCCAAACCCAGAAUUGGCGUAUGUGAACGAUAAAGAAUUGUACGAACAUGUCAAUGGUGUUCCCAUUUCGGAUACGAAGAAGGAGAUUGCGUAA